AUGGUCAAAUCAAGAACAGUGCUGAUUGCCUUAGCUAUUCUUUUAACUUUAUUAGUUUUCGUGCCCAAUGAUACUGAAGCUAUUAGUUACUGUGCUCGACGUUGUUUGGAACGUGGUUAUCCACGUGGAAUUCAAAGAGGAGCUCGUUGUUUUUGUUCUCACAAAAUAGAACGUGGCAAACGGGAUGCAACGUCAGCAGCACUAGUCGACAUUUUGGAACUUGGUGAUCCACAAUGA